GCCAGCGCGCGGAUUGGGAUCCUGGUGCGGAUUAGCGCUUGGAGUCCAGUCCCAGCGGGAUCCCGGGCCGCGCCUAAUCUGCGGUUAAUGACUCCUGCGGUCCCUCACCCCGCUGGGCCAGCGUGGCCUGAGUCCUCGUGGUGGGAAAGUGUGGGGAGCGAGGAGAGAUGGGAUCCGGAACCCAAGGAGUCCUGUAUUCCAGAUCGGCCCCAUGGGCCACGAGCCAGAGACGGGAACCAAAGAUGGAAGGGGGCUUAGAAAUAAAUUCACAGAGACAGGGACCAGAAGCAGGAGAAGGGUCAGAGAGUGGCGGAGAGGCGGAGCGGAGGCAAUAAUGUAACGUUGCAUCUCGGUGAGCGGGGCGGAGGCCCAAGGCCGGAGGGAGAGCGGCGGCUCUGGAAAAGGAGCGCGACGGAGAAUUUGGGACCUGGCCGGGGUCACCGGAACUCAGAACAGAGGGCACAAGGAAGCAGGCGAGGGCCUGUGAGCAAAGGCGCAAGGACCAGGCGCCCCUUCCGGCGUCCUGGCUCCCCAGCUGUGCCACAGAGAACCAGAUGUGCAGCCCAGUUGUGCGGCCGCUCGAGUUUGAGCUCUGGGAUUGUUUUUUGGUCCCAGAGACUGGAGGGCUGGGGUGCGCGGGUGACAGGACACGCCCUCCCUUCCUGGGCCCUGGAGGCGCGGGCUCUCGGGAGGGCUGGGCUGCUGGAGGCUCUGACAGCCCGUCAGCCCCGCUCCCCCGCCCCCCCUACACAUCGCAGCGAGUCUCUGUCUCUUUGUUCUCGCCGUGUCUCUGACACUUUAUCUCAUUAUCCGCCGGAGGGAGGCGGAGAGCCCGGGACCCCGCAGCCUAAUUACAGCCGCGCUUGUCAGAGUAGGGGAAGCGGAAGUAUCAGCGAGAAGGAAAGGGAGGGGGACCCUAGAAAGCGCCCUCUCCCUCCCUGUACCCCGACGAUCCCAGAGACGGCGUCUGUCCGAUCUUUCCUGUUUCCCCCACUCCAUUCCCUUCCUAUCCAUCCCACAGCCAGAGGAAGGGGAUGGCCUCCUUGGGCGGCCCCACCUUUACCCUACCCCAGCCUCCAACCGCAAUUCCAGUCCAACCACAACCUGAAGAAACCACUCAGAACAAGAGGGGCUGGGGGAGCUUUACGGUGUGGGCCUGUCUUCCUCCUUCCCCCACUACACUGUGGAGGGGACAGAACCAGGGUUCUCAGGACCCGCUCCUGGACAGCUCUAAGGGUGUCAGGGAAGUGCUGCACAUGCCCUCACUGGCCUUAGCCCCUCCUGGUCCCACCUGUGAACACUCCACACAUGCAUUUUGCUAAGUGCCUGUCCCAUGGCCAUGCCUCCUCCCACAUCUUAUGGGGUCCUAUGCCACUGAGGUCCUUCCCUCAGAUGCCAAAAGCCCCAAGAAUGAUGGUGUCCCUUGGUCCAGGUGCAGACAUCUGGAGGAGAGAGUCGGAGAGCAGAAACCACUUGGCUCCCAGACAAUUCCCCUACAGGCUUUGGGCCUGGAAUUGAGGAGAAAGGGCGGGACCCCAGGAGGAGGGAGAGGACAGAGCCACUGCAGAGGACCAGACUGGAAAAACAACGAUAUGGCAGGAGCCAGUCUUGGGGCCCGCUUCUACCGGCAGAUCAAAAGACAUCCGGGGAUCAUCCCGAUGAUCGGCUUAAUCUGCCUGGGCAUGGGCAGCGCUGCGCUCUACUUGCUGCGACUCGCCCUUCGCAGCCCCGACGUCUGCUGGGACAGAAAGAACAACCCGGAGCCCUGGAACCGCCUGAGCCCCAAUGACCAAUACAAGUUCCUUGCAGUUUCCACUGACUAUAAGAAGCUGAAGAAGGACCGGCCAGACUUCUAAGCCAGGCUGGGCUGCCAGUGCCAUGCAAGCCACAGACAGCCAGCCCAUCCACUUCUUCCACUCCUCCCCGCAGGCCCCAAGGCAUCACUCCGGCCACCCUGUCCCGCUACUGCUUACACAGGCCGGGUUCCCACGCAGAGGGGAGGCUGCUCCACCCCUACUCUCCUCCCUUGCUCCCAGCAGCGGAAGCGCCUCUGACCCUUGGCUUGAGUCCCACGUGGGGGAGGAGGAGGCAGGCAGCACCAGCAGGGGUCCACCAAGAGCCCAGACCAGCCCCUCUGCCCUCCUACCCGGGCCUCGAAGGGUGUGGCACAGGCUACGUGUUGAGCGUGGCCUACGUGAGCCAACAAGAAGCAGGGGCCUCUGAGUGCCAAGCGACGUGGCGGGCUCCACGUUAGCCCAGGCUCUGGGAGCCAGCCCAGGGGCGGCGCUGCUCAGCUUGGGCUGGUCCAGGGCCUGCCCAGGCUGGGGCACCUUUGCCUCCUGAGGCGCAGCGCACUCCUCCCCUGCCCAAGCCUACUGCCUCCCGCUGCCGCCAGUACCCCCUCCAGCCCCACACCUGGGCCUCCCCCUGCCGCUCCCCUCCCUUGCUCCCCUCUGUCCCCAGGGAUCAAACAGAAGCAGCCGUGGGCAAAAUACAAUUUCAUUUAACAAAUUGAA